AUGGCAGCAGCAGUGGCAGCUAAGCGGCAGCAGCAACAGCAUCAGCAGCAACUAGUGCUGCAGCAGCAGCACUACCACCGCCACAGCAGCAGCAGCAGCAGCAAGAUAGCAGCAGCAGCAGCAAAACAGCAGCAGCAGCAAAACAGCAGCAGCAGCAAAACAGCAGCAGCAGCAGCACGCCUCCCCCAGAGGCGCAGCAGCUGCCGUUUUUCACAGGAGAAUCAAAAGAAGCAGAAAAGCAAAAAGAAGAAAGUCUGCAAUAAUGAGAAAAGAAAAAAGAAAGAGAAAAAGAAAUAA